AUGGAGCAAGAGCUGCUGCGGAUCCUGCGGAGCCUCAAGUCCCCGCGCCACCUGCUGCAGACCCACGCCCAGCUCCUCGCCCGCGGCCUCGCCGCGAGCCCGCGCCUCCUCCCGGCCCUCGUCUCCGCCGCGCUCUCCGCCGCUCCCUCUUCAUCGUCCCCGCGCCAACGCCUCGCCGGGCGCGGCGGCGGGGGCGGCCGUGGUUGCUCCCCGGAGGACGCGCUCGCGGCCUACACCGCCAUGCGCUCCGCGGGGGUGGCCCCCAACGGGUUCACCUUCACCUUCCUCCUCCGCGCGUGCAAGUCCCUGAGGCGGAUGCCUCCGUGCCGGUGCGUGCACGGCCAGAUCGUGCGAUGCGGGUUCGGGCCCGACGUGGUCGUCCAGAACGCGCUACUCAACCUGUACUACAAGUGUGGCGAUCCGGGGGAGGUUGGGGCUGUUCGGAAAGUGUUCGAUGGAAUGCCUGAGAGAGACGUGGUUUCGUGGAACUCCAUAGUUGGGGUGCACAUGGCGAGCGGAGAUGCUGCAGGGGCUAUGGAUCUGUUUGAGGCGAUGCCAGAGAGGAAUGUGGUAUCAUGGAACACGGUUGUUGCCGGGUUCACGAGAGUUGGGGACAUGGUGUCAGCACGUUCUGUGUUUGACAGGAUGCCAAUCAGGGACGCCAUUUCUUGGAACCUGAUGAUCUCGGGGUAUGCAACAAGAGGUGAUGUCGAGGCUGCACGGUCGCUUUUUGAUGAGAUGGAUCGGAAGGAUGUGGUUUCCUGGACAGCAAUGGUGUCUGCUUAUGCAAAGACCGGGGAUAUAGAUUCAGCCAAAGUGUUGUUUGAUCGUAUGCCAGUUAAGAACUUGGUUUCCUGGAAUGCGAUGAUAACAGCGUACAAUCAUAACUCAAGGUAUGAUGAGGCACUGCGCACAUUUCAGCAGAUGAUGAUUGAGGGAGGAUUCAUGCCUGAUGAAGCUACAUUAGUAAGUGUUGUCUCGGCCUGCGCUCAGCUGGGCAGUACUGAAUAUUGCAACUGGGUCAGUUCUUACAUUAGUAAAUACAACACUCAUAUAACUGUUGCACUAGGAAAUGCUCUCAUAGACAUGUUUGCAAAAUGUGGAGAUGUAGGAAGAGCUCGACAAGGAGUCGAACUGGAUGACACAGUAUUUAUUGCUGCACUUGCUGCUUGUGCUCAUGGAGGUUUAUUGCAAGAAGGUUGGAGCAUCUUUAAGCAAAUGGUUGAGCACUAUGGGAUUGUGCCAAGAAUGGAGCACUAUGGAUGCAUAGUGGAUCUACUUGGUCGGGCUGAGUUGACAGAUUAUGUCAGUACAAAGAUAGUUGAAAUAGAACCAUUUAAUUCCAGUUAUCAAGUGCUGUCCGGGAUUCUCCUGUUCUUGCUUCCGCAACCUAGCGCGCCGCCGCUGGCGCUGCUCUCUGCGCAAUCUCUUCGUGCCCAACCAGCGCGCCCCCGCCGCCGCUGCUAUCCCCGCGCACGUCCUUCACGCAGCGCCCAUAGCCAGCUCCCUGCCACUGCCGAGCCCUCCGCUGCCAACGCCAAGCGCGACACUGUGGAGGUCGAGGCCGCCAAACGCGCCGCCGACGAGCGCACGGCUCGCAAGGAGGCGCGUGCUGCCGCCCUCGCCUGUGCCGUCAAGGCUGAGGAAGAGGCCGCCGCCGCUACGCAGGAGCGUGACACUGCUGUUGCUCGCCUCCGCAUCACUGAGGAGUGCAAGGGCGCCCCGCCCGACUUUGAGGAGGAGGACGCCGUCGAUGACGCCUCUACCGUCUCCGAUCAGGCGCCCAACAACACCCACCAGGCCAUGCUGCUGCACGAAGCUACUGCUGUCUUGAAUUUGCAUGCCCAAGCUGUUGUUGUGCAGAAUAUCCGGAGUCUCAUCCCCGUCAUUCUCGACAUCACCUCCGACAACUACACAUGGUGGCGCGAGCAGUUCCUCACCGUCGGCAAGUACUCCCUGCAGGAUAAUGUCCUUCACGACGUGCCUGCUCUGGCCUCUCCAGAUUGGGGGCCUAUGGAUUGCGUCGUCCGAUCUUAG